CUGGGCUGAGGCGAGGCAAAGGAUUGGACAGGCGCGCACGCAUGCGCCCUUGCGCAUGUUCGCGUAUUUUCCGGAAGUGAGGACUAACUAGCUGUGAGCACCGUCGAGGGGAAGCAGAGUUUCGGGCCGCCGUCCUGAGACCUGCUCCUCUAGGAGUCCUGCCCAGCCCAGCCCAGCAAGGCCCCAAGCCAUGUCAACCAAGGAAGAGAAAGACAUGGAGAGGAGUGCCAAGCGCCCAAGGGUUGAUCCAAAUCUCCCAUCAGAUGACUCCCAGAACCCCGAUGCCAUCAUGCCCGCAAAGAAUCCAGCAGUUGAUACCAGUGAGGUGGGCAGCUGUUACUCAGGAUCAGAUGUGCAAGAGGCGAGGGAGCCUGUUCAGAAGAGGACACAGGAUUUCAAAGGUAGCAUUAUCCAGUCCCUUCUGGCAAAGAGGAAGCAGUUUGAAAAGGACAUAAAUGCCUCUUUCCGAAGCCUGAACAAAAACCUGCAGAGUAUUUUCAGAACCCAACAGAAGUCAAGGCAGGAACUUCACUCCAUGCACUCACAGAUAUUUGAGUCCCUGUAUCACAAGUGGCUGGACGAGGUGGGGAGAGCAAGGGAGCAAGAAGACCACCUCAACGAUUUUUGCACAGGCCUGACAAGACUAUCGCAAUCUGUGACUGGUCAGACCAUGCGUAUAGCUCAGCAACAGAUGAAGAUCUUACAGAAAGCUAUAGAGGAUCAUGAAACCAAGAUUGAAAACGCUAAAGAUCUAUGCAAUGCAUUUUUGAAGGUCUGGUAGAGUGCACUCGUUGA